GGGGUGGAGGCAUAGAGCACUGACGGAAUGUUGAUUUAAAAGAAAGUUUUGAAAAUUAAAUCUCGACGAACAUGGACGUUUCGAGAAGCAAGGAAUCACCCUUGUCGCAUAAGACAAUCCACGGCCUCAACUGUGUUGCUCUGCGGCAAGACCUCGCCACUGAACUGACCUUCGAAACUAGGGUCAACAUCUCGAUAAAAGAGGAACUAGAAGUGAUUUCAACUGAAGGUCAGCAAUCGGAGACAACACUAUUACGGACCUACUGUGUAUAUGCGACGUCUCAACUGAAAUGUGUUCAAUGAAAUAUCUUCUCCUUCUAUCCGUGGCUGUGUUUGCUAUAGCGAAAGCAGGUUUGGAUACAAUAAAAUAGGACAGUAAUUAUUUUUUAAACAAACUGUUCGCAGAUUUUAAAAAAAAAAUGGAUUCAAUUUUUGUUUGUAGAAAUGCAGUUACAAACUUAAAGCUUUAAAACCAUUAGAUCUAUGUCAUUUUACUAUUUAAAAAAAAAAAAAUUCUUAUAAUAAAUGAUUUAAAUUUGUCGAUUUUUAAAGAAAGAAAAAAAGUUAUAAAAUGAAUUAAUUCUGUUCUAAGAAUUUCAUUAAUGUAAUUAAAAGUAUUCAUGAUCAAACUGUGACUUUCAUAAUAUACUUUUAUUAGUUUAUAAAUGAUUAAUUUCUGAACUGUAUACGAAAUCAGUUUAAUCAAGCUAAACAAUUUUUUGAGGGACAACAAUCCAAACGUUACUUUUAAACCCCUCAGAAUGUUAUGUUCAGACACUGGUCAGCUUUGGUUUAAUUAUUUUAUAUUGUGUAUAAACUAAAUGCAUGCCGGGGGGGGGUGGGGGUGGGAGGGUGGUGUGUGUGUGUGUUAAUGCCUCUAAAUUGGAAAGCAUUACUCUAAACUGCGUGCACUUACGAGCAGGUACGGUCUUAAAGACCAACACACAACAUUUUAGAGCGAAGACGAUCAGCCAGGCCUUCAAUUGUAAUUUAAUAACAACGUUUACUUUUUAAACAUCACAGUGCAAUAAAAGUAUUCAUUUUGAGCAACACAAACAGAUUUCAACGAGAAGCCGUUUGUAAUGAUUACUUAAAAUGGAAAUAAAUAACAAAUAAAAGUAUUCAUUUUGAGCAACACAAACAGCUUUCAAUGAGAAGCCGUUUGUAAUGUUUUGCUUAAAAUAAUUUGGCUAAAGGCGCAAAUAUUGUGAAAAUGAUACACACACAUAUAAUUUAACGUGUAAACGGCCUUAUAAAAUGGAAGUUAUUAAACAAACAUUUUCUCAUAUCCAAAAAACAAAACACGAACCCAUCGUCCACUGUCCUUAAAAGAUAAAAAUUAAUUUCAUAUUUUCUCUAAAUAUUUAAACUCAAUAUCCUCAGAUUUGCUGAUGGAAGUCAAACCCCCGGAAAUUAACGUUGGGCUUACCAAAACACUUUCCAUCAACUGUUCUUUUAUUCGAACUGAUAUUUCAAACAUGGUGUCACUCUUUUCUCUGGUCAUCAUGCGGUCCAACUCUACCGACAACAUGCGUUUUUAUUUCCUGGCCUCAGUGGACCUCUCUGACGGUCUCAAUACCAUUUCUGGAGAUGUCUCGGGACUUAUAGACAACAGACACGAAUCGUACAUAACGCUGACCUGGAAAAAUCCUAGAUCAAACUUGGCAGGGACGUACAGCUGUGAAGCUAAUGGCCAAAAUCUACACGGUCAGGCAGUCUCAAUAUCAAAGCUGGCGGAUGUCAAAGCAAUAAAACCGGAUGUAGAAAACUUGUUAGAUCUUCUCGAGCAGCAGUCUUCAAUUCUCGAACAUCAAUCCUCUUUACUUGCGCUUCAAUCAUCCACAUUUGAGCGCCAAUCUUCUAAAAUAGAUCUUCAAUCCACACAGCUUUCAAAGCUGCAAGACGAAUUUGCAAAAUUAAGCGCUUCUGUCAAUGAAAAGUGCAGUUGUUGUGAGAGAUUUAACAACUCUCUAAAAUCUUUCUAUCACAUUUCCGACGCACAUAAUGGCAGUCGUUAUUAUCUAUCUCCCGCGUCAUCGAUAAUCGUGAUGAAAGAAGCUGAGAGACAAUGUGAAUUACUGGGCGGGUAUCUUACAGAGGUGGAGAGUGAAGAUGAGUAUCUGUUCAUCAAGAACUUCGUGAAGACCUUUCAAGGGUAUGACGAUAUUUAUUUAGGGGGAAACGAUGAAAAUUCUGAGAACACCUGGGUCAACACUUACAGCAAAACACCCGUGAAGUACAUCAAGUGGGGUCAACAUCAGCCGGAUCAGGGGAGAUCAUCAAAUUGUCUUUCCUUAUGGAAGUAUAAUGACUGGACAAUGGCAGACGUUAAAUGCUACCAAGGAGUAGCUGAAAUGAAAGUAGGGUAUCUCUGUGAAGUUCCCGAAUGAUAAUAAUAUUCUAAGCUGUCAUAAUGUCACAUAAUUGUUCCCUUAAAAAUAAUAAAAUUUUAAGAUUUGUGA